CCUCCUCCACCUCUCUCCGGCGUGCGGCUCCGACGCGAUGGCCGCCCCACUCCGGCGGGUCGUCCCCGGCCUAGGCCGCGCCCUGCUGUCCCCGACGCCCGCGCGGAUGCUCUCCGCGGAGGCCUCCGAUGCCCUCGUGGAGAUCAAGCCCGGGGAGAUCGGCAUGGUCUCCGGCAUCCCCGAGGAGCACCUCCGCCGCAAGGUUCUAAUCUAUGCACCAGCUAGGACUGCAUCUCAGCAAGGUUCCGGCAAAGUUGGGAGGUGGAAAAUCAACUUCAUGUCAACUCAAAAGUGGGAGAACCCAUUAAUGGGAUGGACAUCUACUGGUGAUCCGUAUGCUAAUGUUGGUGAAGCUGGACUUUCAUUUGACAGUGCUGACUCAGCAAAGGCAUUCGCUGAAAAACACGGAUGGGAAUAUGUGCUGAGGAAACGUCAUACACCUCUUUUGAAGCCCAAAACGUACGCAGAAAACUUCAAGUGGAAGGGUCCCCCGAAGACGGAGGAAGCAGCUUGAGCCCUGAGCCGUGGACUUGCAUGUUGUGUGUGAAGAAUGUGAUGAGAUGUUGUCAUUUCAUAUGCUGUCUGUACUGUUUUCGCUUUUGAUCAACCCCUGUCGUGCAAUAUGAGCUAGAACAUGUCUUCAUCAAACGUGUAAUAAGCACGCAUUGUAACCGAACACAAUGUUCAUCUUAUCAUCAAAUGUUUGUUAACUGAUCAA